AUCCAGAACAAGCGCUUCUACCUGGACGUGAAGCAGAACGCCAAGGGCCGCUUCCUCAAGAUCGCCGAGGUGGGCGCGGGCGGCUCCAAGAGCCGCCUCACGCUCUCCAUGGCCGUGGCCGCCGAGUUCCGCGACUACCUGGGCGACUUCAUCGAGCACUACGCGCAGCUGGGCCCGUCCAGCCCCGAGCAGCUCGCCCAGGCCGCGGGGCCGCCGGGCGAGGACGGCGCCGGGCCCCGCCGCGCCCUCAAGAGCGAGUUCCUGGUGCGGGAGAACCGCAAGUACUACCUGGACCUGAAGGAGAACCAGCGCGGGCGCUUCCUGCGCAUCCGCCAGACCGUGAACCGCGGCCCCGGCGGCCCGGGGGGGUUCGCGGGGGGCCCCCCGGGGCUGCAGAGCGGCCAGACCAUCGCGCUGCCCGCCCAGGGCCUCAUCGAGUUCCGCGACGCGCUGGCCAAGCUCAUCGACGACUACGGCGGCGAGGAGGACGAGCUGGGCGGCCGAGCUGCCCGAGGGCACGUCCAUCACCGUGGACUCCAAGCGCUUCUUCUUCGACGUGGGCUGCAACAAGUACGGCGUGUUCCUGCGGGUUAGCGAGGUGAAGCCGUCCUACCGCAACGCCAUCACCGUCCCCUACAAGGCCUGGGCCAAGUUCGGCGGCGCCUUCUGCCGCUACGCCGAGGAGAUGCGCGACAUCCAGGAGCGCC